AUGAACGUCUUCUUUACAUUGCUCGUGCUGGCGGCCGCCAGCGCCCAGGAGCCGCUCCUGCCGGCGUUCGUCCUAGCCGGGCGGGCGGACCUCCUGCCGGCGCGCGCGGAGGCCACUGCCGCGGCGCUGCGCGAGGCGGUCCUCGCGCGGCGCCCGGCCGUAGCCGUCUUCCUCACGGCGCCCGGCGCGUCCGCCGCCGCCGUCGCCCGCGCGACCGCCGCCGGCGGCGCGCCCACGCUCGCCGCGCUCGUCGCCGCGCGCCCGUCGGUCGAACUCGCCCUUGACCAAGGACAGGGCGGCGUCGGCGUUUCGCGCAGUCCCGUUGGUCUGCUCGACGCCGCGGCCGCGCUCGCGCGCGGCGCCGCGCCCGUCGUCGUCGACGCCGCCGCGCCGUCGCUCGGGGAGCUGGACGCGGCCCUGCCGGGCCUCGUCGCGGCGGCGGAGCGCGCCGCGGGCACGUCCUUCGUCGUCGUCGUCGCGGGCGCGGCCCGGUGCGGACGUCAAAAGGUGUCGUCCUCGAGGCCGUCGGCGGGAGAGUCGAAACGAGGCGAGUCGCGGACCCUGGCUCACUGGUUGAUUUCCCACAGGCGAAGCCGGCGCCCGCGCGGCGCCCGCGCGGCGCCUCGCGCCGCGGCGCCGCCUCGCGGACGCGCCGGCCACGCCGGCCGGCGUCCGCCUGACGCCCGACGCCGCCGUCGGCCUCCUCGUCGGCAUCGCCUUCGUCGCCGUGUCGCUGCUCGGCCUCACGUGCAUCGGCGCCGUGCAGACGCCGUCCCGGUUCGCGACCGCCCACCCUCCGUCGACGAAGGAGUUCUGACCCGCUCCUUUCCGCGCACGGCCCGGGGGAUAUCUACUAAGCAUGUUGAAAAUAC